GUUGUGCUAAAACUAGUUGGACGAGUUAGGGUGUUACUGCUGCUCCCGAGGCCCUGGCCAAUAGAACCAGAUCCACCCCGCUGUGCGUAAGCGCGCAAUUAAGGAUUUAACCAAGGCUGUGCUGCGCCUCAGCCAGCAGUCAGCCGGCCGGAGACAGAGACUUCACGACUCCCAGUCUCCUCCUCGCCGCGGCCGCCGCCUCCUCCUUCUCUCCUCCUCCUCUUCCUCCUCCUCCCUCGCUCCCACAGCCAUGUCUGCUUAGACCAGAGCAGCCCCACAGCCAACUCGGGCAGCUGCCGCCGCCACAACAGCAAGGACAGCCGCUGCCGCCGCCCGUGAGCGAUGACAGGAGUGUUUGACAGAAGGGUCCCCAGCAUCCGAUCCGGCGACUUCCAAGCUCCGUUCCAGACGUCCGCAGCUAUGCACCAUCCGUCUCAGGAAUCGCCAACUUUGCCCGAGUCUUCAGCUACCGAUUCUGACUACUACAGCCCUACGGGGGGAGCCCCGCACGGCUACUGCUCUCCUACCUCGGCUUCCUAUGGCAAAGCUCUCAACCCCUACCAGUAUCAGUAUCACGGCGUGAACGGCUCCGCCGGGAGCUACCCAGCCAAAGCUUAUGCCGACUACAGCUACGCUAGCUCCUACCACCAGUACGGCGGCGCCUACAACCGCGUCCCAAGCGCCACCAACCAGCCAGAGAAAGAAGUGACCGAGCCCGAGGUGAGAAUGGUGAAUGGCAAACCAAAGAAAGUUCGUAAACCCAGGACUAUUUAUUCCAGCUUUCAGCUGGCCGCAUUACAGAGAAGGUUUCAGAAGACUCAGUACCUCGCCUUGCCGGAACGCGCCGAGCUGGCCGCCUCGCUGGGAUUGACACAAACACAGGUGAAAAUCUGGUUUCAGAACAAAAGAUCCAAGAUCAAGAAGAUCAUGAAAAACGGGGAGAUGCCCCCGGAGCACAGUCCCAGCUCCAGCGACCCAAUGGCGUGUAACUCGCCGCAGUCUCCAGCGGUGUGGGAGCCCCAGGGCUCGUCCCGCUCGCUCAGCCACCACCCUCAUGCCCACCCUCCGACCUCCAACCAGUCCCCAGCGUCCAGCUACCUGGAGAACUCUGCAUCCUGGUACACAAGUGCAGCCAGCUCAAUCAAUUCCCACCUGCCGCCGCCGGGCUCCUUACAGCACCCGCUGGCGCUGGCCUCCGGGACACUCUAUUAGAUGGGCUGCUCUCUCUUACUCUCUUUUUUGGGACUACUGUGUUUUGCUGUUCUAGAAAAUCAUAAAGAAAGGAAUUCAUAUGGGGAAGUUCGGAGAACUGAAAAAGAUUCAUGUGUAAAGCUUUUUUUUGCAUGUAAGUUAUUGCAUUUCAAAAGACCCCCCCUUUUUUUACAGAGGACUUUUUUUUGCGCAACUGUGGACACUUUCAAUGGUGCCUUGAAAUCUAUGACCUCAACUUUUCAAAAGACUUUUUUCAAUGUUAUUUUAGCCAUGUAAAUAAGUGUAGAUAGAGGAAUUAAACUGUAUAUUCUGGAUAAAUAAAAUUAUUUCGACCAUGAAAAGCGGAAUGUUUCUGAAAAAUACUUCAUUCUGCCCCUCUGAUAACUGGCUAGUGAAGUUUUAUUGAAGGCAACUAAAGAAGGACAAGCUCUGCAGAGAUCCAACAAGGCAAAAAAGAAAACAGAAGUCGGGGCUCUAUGCAUGCAGACUGUAUAUGUAUAUAUGUUCAAUGCUAUACUUUGUGUGUGUGUGUGCAUAUACAUAUAUAAAAUAUAUGGCAUGUUUAUAGUACUGCCAUAUCUCAUAAUUGUUUCAGGUAGAAAGUAAUGCUGAAAUAAAAAUACAUCCCUCUCACCCUGUAUGUGAGUUAGAAGGCAGCAGAAAUCCCUCAAUAACCCCUCUGAAUUCUAAGCUUAAAGCAAUUAUCUUGGAGAAGCGCCCCCACCCAUCAGCCUCUGUGUAGUGCCAGAGCAAUUAGACAAAUUACCCUUCAAAGGGAGUUUCCAGAGAUGAGAAAAUGAAAAGAAAAAGAAAUCUAGCCUCACACCUAUUACAUUUUUUAAAAAUCUAAAAUGUUUGGAGCAUGGCAAAUGAUAGAACCUUGGACUCUUUGGAGUAUGAUUAUAAAUGUAUCGGCUCUUUUCGAGAGAUGAAAACAUUGCAGAUAUUGUGAAGAGGGAACUUCAGGGUUGGGGAAAGGAAGGAAUGAAA